AGUUGUCUUGAAAGCACCAUUAAACGGGGCGUCCCUCUGACGUAAUGGUACAAUAAAAUUGAUUGUAUAAAUGUGUUCCCAAGAUCUCAAUAACAUUGGAACUGCAGAGCAACUUCAGAGGCAAGGUAAUUACGGACAUUGCUUAAAAUACUAGUGGGAUAUAACAGGUAAGCAAGCUCUCAGCUUUCAGGUAUUGCUUUCAAUAUGACAGUACAGUGCAUUCUUUAAGUACAUUUAUUUAGGUAAUGAAUUAUCCUUGCUAUUUACUUUAUUAUUGACAUUAGAACCAUUUUAUCCUGAGAUGCAUAAAUCUAAAUGCAAAAUACCUUAGAAUUGGAGAGGCAUGCCAUCCACAGUUGAUGGAAGGGCAAAUAAAAGUUAGGCAGAAAAUAUAUUUGACAGUCAAUUGCUGCAAGAGAAGUCAAAAUAACAACAAAUUAUCAUUAUACAAUCAUACUGUAUGUUUAUACUGUUAUUCAGUUAUAAGCAUGCUGCAUGCACCUGUCAGCACGUAGUGGCUUAGUUGUUAAGACCGGUAUGAGGUACUACAGGUGUUCCCACAUAGUUCCUCUGUUGUGCACCUUCUGUGUCCUAAUCUAAUGCACUGCCAGCUACACUAUUUAUAAAGCAAUGUACUAGUCAGAUAAAAGCAUACUAGUGUGGCUACAAGGACACAGACAGUCUUCCCGACUUUAGUUGUACUGACAGACAUUCAAAUCAGUCUGUUACAUUCAGUUGGGGGUCUACACUCCUCUUCCUUCAUUUGAGUCCCUGCUCUGAAAGCCAACCCCUUCAGAUGUGUCAGACAUGUCGUUUGGUGUGUUUUUAAACUUCAAGGAUUUCCUGGUAGUGGAGAUGUAGUUCAGGAAAAUACUUAACUGAAACCAGGGCCAGGGAUAGACGGCUUUCUAUGCUUUCUCAGAAUCUAUGGGUGGUCAGGGAGGCUCAGAUUGCCUUUUUCAAGUUUAAAGUUUUAUUAGUCGUAUACACCGUCCAACUAAAUGCUUACUUGCAGGUUCCUUCUCGACAAUGCAACAAUAAGAAAUACGUAAUAAAAUAUAAGAAUACGAACAUAAAGUAGUAUAGAUAAAAUAGUAUAUAGCUCAGUAGAAUAGAAAACAGUUAGCAUAAAUUUAAUACAGGAAGGCACAAAUUAUAGUCCAAUAUUUACAUGUUUUUUGGGAAGGGGGGAUUGGAGGGCAAGUGUUUAAAUUGUGCAGUAUCUAGCAAUCAUAAUAAGAGUCUGGUAGCAGCAGUUGUGAUGUGUGUGUGUGUGGAUGUGUGUAUGUCUGUGUGGGUGUGUGCAUGAGUGAGUGCAUGUGUGCUAAGGUGAGGAGAAUCAGAGCAGGUGGUCAGUUCAGUUCAAGUGUUCAGCAGUCUGAUGGCUUUUAGAUAGAAACUGUCUCUGAGCCUGUUGGUAUCAGACUUCAUGCUCCAAUAUCGUCUGCCCGACGGUAAGGGAGUAAACAGCUCGUGGCUGGGGUGUGUGGGGUCCUUGAUGAUGCUGUGGGAUUCCUCAAUGUCCUAGAUGGGUGGGAGCACCUACAACACGCUAGGAGGAGGGCGACAGUUAUAAAAGUUAUGUGGCUUGUCCUGCAGGGGAGGGGAGAGGAAAUCUGGCACCUGAAGUACAUUUAUUUGACCAACUUACUCUGGAACCUGAAAUGAAUUUAUUUCAAGCCUUUAGAUGACACAGAUUUGACAGUCCUCCAUAACCUAUGCAGGGAUUGGCAACCCAGGGGUACAGGAUGUCCACUCCAAACUCAUGACUGUAGCUUCUAGAAUAUUUUAGUAUCUCUUACAGUCAUAGUCCAUUUUCUCACAGAUAGUUGUCUGCACCUUGAAUCCACAGAAAUGAAUAAUGUCCCCCCACAUGGAGCUCAGCCUUAUGAGAACAGCCUCUACAACUCAGAGUCUCUGAGCCUGGACCUUACCUCCAGGUUAUCCAUGGAUAUGAGUAGCCAUCGGGACCAGCUCUCUGCCACCUCCCUGCCUAGCAUCAACUCCCUGGUGGGCACUUACGCUGGUGCGUUUGAUGCCUACUCCUGUCAGAUUGCCACAGCUCCUACCACCGCUAGCACCACCUCGGGCCCUGAGUCGCCCUUCAAGCUGGAUGACUUCCAGAUUUACGGCUGCUACCCUGGCACCUUGGCCCUGAGCUACUUCGACGAAGCCCUGUCUUCUGGUGGCUCUGACUUUUUCGGCAGCCCUGUGUCAGCCCAGUCUCCCUCUACUCAAGGCUUCCAGACCCAGCCUGCGUCAGCUUGGGACUCGGCCUUCGGUCCCAACUCUCCCAGCCCGGGCUGCUGGGUGGCUGAUAAGCCUGCUUUAACACAGCCAUCCUCUUUCUUUACCUUCUGUCCCGGGUCAGUGGAGGAUCUGUCUCCUCUGGGCCAGCCCCAGCCCCAGCUCACUGAGCAAGACCCCUUCUCUCUGGGCCAGCAGCAGCACCCCUCCCCACUGUCCUUCUCCUCUCUAACCCAGGAGCCAGGCACCCUAGAUGGCACAGGCCUCAUUGAAGGGAGAAUGUCGCCGAAACCGCACAGCCCUACUGGAAACGAGGGUCGCUGUGCUGUUUGUUGGGACAACGCCUCCUGCCAGCACUAUGGGGUUCGCACCUGUGAGGGCUGCAAAGGUUUUUUCAAGGUGAGCAGCUUUUUCCUCUCUCUUCAGUCAAUUUCUUUCCAUAACUGGGUGUCUAAUCAGUGCUUGACUUGGACUGAAAUAGGUGCUGGUACUCAUUUUGGGUACCGGUACUGUUUAUAUUUAGGUGCAUGAGCUCCACAAUACUUUUGAGCUAAUCUCUAUAAGAGGUGCAGGAGCUCCGGUACUCAGCUCUGGUGAGCUCCUGUCCAAGUCAAGCACUGUGUGUAAUAAAUUUUUCAUGCAAUGCAAAACACAUUUUAUACAUGCAUCGCCAUUGCUGGACUGGUAUAGAGAAUGAGCUUACAUAGCUAAGCUUUUUUUCUGUGUGCUUUGCAGCGUACGGUACAGAAAAAAUCUAAAUACGUGUGCCUUGCCAACAAGGAUUGUCCAGUUGACAAGCGGCGACGGAACCGCUGUCAAUUCUGUCGUUUCCAGAAGUGCCUGGCAGUAGGCAUGGUGAAAGAAGGUGAGCCCUUCAUAUCGAUUUUAUUACCACAUCUCUCACCAUAUGUCACGACUUCCAUCAAAGCUGCCUCCUCUCCUUGUUCGGGCAGGCUUCGGCGUUCGUCGUCACCGGCCUUCUAGCCACUGCCGCUCCUCAUCUCAUCAUUCCAUUUGUUUUGUCUUGUUUAUUACACACACCUGGUUAAUAUCCCCUCAUCAGUACCUGUAUAAGUGUUUCCUCUGCCCCCUUGUCUUUGUGUGUGAUUGUUUAUUGUGGAGGAGAGAGUAGCUCGGUGGAGCGCCGUGUAUUUUGUAUCACCAGGGAAUCCGUGUGCCUUGUAUUUUCCAGUGAGCCUGUUUUGCGCACUGGAGUGUUUUUACACAUUACUGCGUAACUCUGUGGUUCAGAAUAAAUCCUGUUAUUCUGUGAUUUACCCUCCUGCGCCUGAAUCCUUCAAAAUCACCUCAUCACACCAUAACCACUAUUCUCUCUCAGUUCUUAGUUGCUAAGACAUUUCUCUCUCUUUCAAAGUUGUGAGAACAGAUAGCUUAAAAGGUCGAAGAGGUCGUCUGCCCUCCAAGCCAAAAGCAGUCCAGGACCUAUCGUCCGCUGUGCCUCGAGUCGACAUUAUUGCCUCUCUUGUGAGAGAACACAUUGAAUCAAACCCUGGUGUUGGGAAACUGGACUACUCCAAGGUAAGGACAAAUGCAAAUUCUCCAUUGUGGUCUAUCUAUUAUGACUGUUAUUGUUUUUGGGGGUUAUUAGGUCGCUGUUGGUACUUUUUCUAAGGAUAGAUCAUAAAUAGAACCAAGAGAAUGCAGGGCAUUCCCCUAAUGGAACUAACAGAACUAACUCCUCUCCUUCCUUUCUAAUUCAGUACCAGGAGACUGUGGCCAGUCUGUCAGAGAAAGAGGACGCUUGUGACAUCAAACAGUUCUACGACCUCCUCACGGAGUCCAUGGACGUGAUAAGAAAGUGGGCUGAGAGCAUCCCUGGGUUCACCGCCUUCUGCUCCGAGGACCAGGAGCUGCUACUGGAGUCAGCCUUCGUGGAACUGUUCAUCUUGCGACUAGCAUACAGGUGAAAAGAUGAAGCAAAUGAUAUCGCUGUAAAUCAAAUUAUAAUAAAUGCUCCAAAAAGACCACCUUGCAUAUACAGAGCCAUGGCUUUGUUGUUUUGACAUUACUCGCUGUAUUGCUAGGAUUAUACAGUACAUACAUUAUGGAUAUGACUGGAUUGAUUGCACCCACAAACAAACAUUGUGCAGAUAUUUUAGCUAUAGCAAACAUGGGCGGAAGGUAGCGUAGUGGUUAAGAGUGUUGUGCCAGUACCCGAAAGGUCGCUGGUUCUAAUCCUUGAGCCGACUAGGUGAAAAAUCUGUCACUGUGGCCUUGAGCAAGGCACUUAACCCUAAUUGCUCCUGUAAGGCGCUCUGGAUAAGAGCGUCUGCUAAAUGACUAAAAUCUAAAUGUAAUGGAUUAUCCUAUUUAUAUUCUCUUUCCAAGGUCCAACCCUGAGACGGACAAGCUGAUCUUCUGCAAUGGCAUUGUACUUCACCGUAUGCAGUGUGUACGGGGCUUCGGUGACUGGAUAGACUCCAUCAUGGACUUCUCCCAGAGCCUCCACCGCAUGAACCUGGACGUGUCGUCCUUCUCCUGCCUCACAACUCUGGUCAUAAUCACUGGUGAGAGCUCAACCCACCUACGCUUACACGCCAGCCUGUCAGGCUGUGUUAACAGAGAUAUCACACCAUAAACCAGUACAUUAUGAGGUUGCAACAUAGAGCCUGCAGUCAAUCUUUAUGCUCACCCUGACCUGAGCUGCCUGAACAAGCUGGAUAUGCAUGAAUCUUGACACAUAGGCCUACAUAAUGUUAUCGUGUUACAGAAUAAUGAUAAAUUACAUCUCUUUUUCGUGUUCACUCUGCUUUACCUGGUCACAUACUCAUGCCCUUUCUGUCUCCUGAUUCUCCACAGACCGCCAUGGCCUGAAGGAUCCAAAGCGGGUGGAGGAGUUCCAGAACCAGCUCAUCACCUGUCUCAGAGAUCACGUCUCCAGCUGCGCCCCCGACUCCACUGGGCCCAACUACCUGUCCCGCCUUCUGGGAAAACUGCCCGAGCUACGGACUCUCUGCACCCAAGGUCUGCAACGCAUCUUCUAUCUCAAGCUUGAGGACUUGGUCCCACCACCCCCCAUAGUUGACAGAAUGAUCAUGGACAUUUUGCCUUUAUGA